GGCGGAGGCGGAGGGGAGGGCAGAGGGUUGGUGGAGCAGGAGGAAGCUCCGGACGACGACUAGAAGAAGGAGGCGGGCGGCCCGGGCCUCAGGCCCCUCCCAGGCUCUGAGUCUCCCGGCUGCAGGCGGAUGGAUGGGGCUUCUUCAGGCGGUGGCGGCAGCAGCGAAGGUGGCGGCGGCAGCAGCGGCAGCGGCUAUGGUGUGGUCGCUCGAUUCUCCCAGUGCCUGGCUGAGUUUCGGACGUGGUUAAGAACCAACUGGUUGAGGUUCAAUGCAGACAAGACGGAUGUGAUGCUGUAGAAAAUGUGCAUCAGAUGUUUAUGUUUAAUUGGUUUACAGACUGUCUGUGGACUCUUUUCCUGUCAAAUUACCAGCCAUCUGUUGAAUCUUCAAGUCCAGGAGGUUCAGCAACAUCAGAUGACCAUGAAUUUGAUCCAUCAGCUGACAUGCUGGUUCACGAUUUUGAUGAUGAACGAACAUUAGAAGAGGAAGAAAUGAUGGAAGGAGAAACAAACUUCAGUUCUGAAAUAGAAGAUCUUGCAAGGGAAGGUGACAUGCCAAUUCAUGAACUUCUCAGCCUUUAUGGUUAUGGUAGUACUGUUCGACUACCUGAAGAAGAUGAGGAAGAGGAGGAAGAGGAAGAAGAAGGUGAAGAUGAUGAAGAUGCUGAUAAUGAUGACAACAGUGGCUGUAGUGGGGAAAAUAAAGAGGAGAAUAUAAAGGAUUCAUCAGGUCAGGAGGAUGAAACUCAGUCUUCCAAUGAUGAUCCAUCACAAUCUGUUGCUUCUCAAGAUGCCCAGGAAAUUAUCCGCCCACGUCGAUGUAAAUAUUUUGAUACAAACAGUGAAGUAGAAGAAGAAUCUGAAGAAGAUGAAGAUUACAUUCCAUCAGAAGACUGGAAAAAGGAGAUUAUGGUGGGCUCCAUGUUUCAAGCAGAAAUUCCAGUUGGCAUUUGUAGAUACAAAGAAAAUGAAAAAGUAUAUGAAAAUGAUGAUCAGCUCCUAUGGGACCCUGAGUACUUACCAGAAGAUAAAGUGAUUAUAUUUCUUAAAGAUGCAUCUAGAAGAACAGGUGAUGAGAAGGGUGUAGAAGCAAUUCCUGAAGGAUCUCACAUAAAAGACAACGAACAGGCUUUAUAUGAAUUGGUUAAAUGCAAUUUUGAUACAGAAGAAGCAUUGAGAAGAUUAAGAUUUAAUGUAAAAGCAGCUAGAGAGGAAUUAUCUGUUUGGACAGAGGAAGAGUGUAGAAAUUUUGAACAAGGUCUGAAGGCCUAUGGAAAGGAUUUUCAUUUGAUUCAGGCUAAUAAAGUCCGAACAAGGUCAGUUGGUGAAUGUGUAGCAUUCUAUUACAUGUGGAAAAAAUCUGAACGUUAUGAUUUCUUUGCUCAGCAAACACGAUUUGGAAAAAAGAAAUAUAAUCUUCAUCCUGGUGUAACGGAUUACAUGGAUCGUCUUCUAGAUGAAAGUGAAAGCGCUGCAUCUAGUCGAGCACCAUCCCCUCCCCCAACUGCAUCAAAUAGUAGUAACAGCCAGUCUGAGAAAGAAGAUGGCACUGUAAGCACUACUAAUCAAAAUGGAGUGUCAUCUAAUGGACCAGGUGAAAUAUUAAACAAAGAGGAAGUAAAAGUUGAAGGGUUACACAUUAAUGGACCAACAGGUGGAAAUAAGAAACCACUUCAUGCAGAUAUGGAUACUAAUGGUUAUGAAACAGAUAACCUUACCACUGACCCAAAACUUGCCCAUAUGACUGCAAGAAAUGAAAAUGAUUUUGAUGAAAAAAGUGAGAGACCUGCCAAAAGGCGAAGGGUAAACAGCAAUGGAAAAGAAAGUCCAGGUUCUUCUGAAUUUUUCCAAGAAGCAAUCUCACAUGGGAAAUUUGAAGAACUUGAAAACACAGAUGACUAAAUUUUAGACCUAUUUUACUUUCUUUGGAGUAAAUUCUGGUGUGACUAAAAUUUUCAGGGUUGAUGGGUUACCUUAAAAAGUUGAUUUCCUUGAAGCAAUUUGAAAAUUUGAAUUGAGUCUUAACUUUAGGAAAUGAAGUUUCAUAAUUCUGCCUUUUGCAGAUUUUUUUACUUUAAAGCUAUCAGACUCUUUUAAGGGUAUUUUAAAAAUUAGUAAAUUUGAAUGAACUAAAGAUAUAUCUCUACCUUCUCAUUUGAAUAUCUUUAGUUCAUUCAAAUUUACUAAUUUUGGUAAAUUUGAAUGAACUAAAGAUAUCUACUUUCUCAUUUGAUGCUAAUCAUAAAAUUUCACUACAAGGUAAUUUUUGCUUAGUUUGAUGGAGGAAUGGGAAAAAACUCAAGUCCAAUUAAUACCAGUUUCUCUUGAGUUUCUUGAAAUGUCUUUAAAACAGACAUUUUUUCUCACCAAACAAUUUGAAUAUCUUUAUUAAGGAAACCCUUAUGAAUCCUGAAAAUUAUGCUAGCAUGAUUUUUUUAUAUAUAGAAGUUUAAAAAUAAACCAGGUCAGGUUUGUAUAUGUAAAAUUGUUGACAUCAAUGAUGUCUUUCCAUAUUCUUAUCUGGGCUGAAGAAAUACAUUCUGUAUUUUUCCAGAUUCUUUGUAGCCUUUGAAAGAUUUUUACAGUACAUAUGUCUUGACUGAGCUGUCCUUUCUUAAUACAAAAGCUUGUAUAAUUUUCUUAACUUGUACAGUUGGUAAACUUUUAUGAGAGGAAUUGUUAUUCUGAGUCUGUCAGCUUUCAUUUUAUUUUGCUAAGGUUUUUCUAAUGAAUUUUUAAGUGUUUGUGUAGUAAUUAAGUCAUAUUUCUUAUCCAGGUGGUAAAAGCAUUCAUAAAGGAUUAUAAAAAUUUGGUUUUUUUUUCAGAUUUCUACUUAAGGGCAAGUAAUUUGAGAAUUCUGAAAUUAAGCAUGAUGCUUAGAUUGCAGUUUGUUUUGCAUUUGCUAUAAUUUUCAAAAUUAUUUUUGAAGCAAGACAAAAGUUUAAUGUCAGCUUAAGUGCUUAAAUAUAUCAUGCUGACCAGAAUCCUGUUAUUUUUAUAUGCAUCAUAAAAUUUCCCAUUUCUGCAUUAAAUAAACAGAGGAGGGGUCAAGUGAUACUUAGAUAUUGGCACACAAGGAACAACUGUGGGCAGGCAGUAUUGAUUUUAUGAAGAGAAAGUGAAGUUUGAAAACUACUCAGACUUUCUAGUUACAAUCCAGUUUUUCAGAUUUGACAGUGCUUUUCCAAAGUGAAAAUAAGAUACACAAUAAUCAUUGCUCUGUGUGAAUACAAAUCGGAUUAUCCGUCUGCAUAGCCUUGUAAGAGUGCCAUUUUAUUUUUAGUGCUAAAUUCUUGUUAAAAAAUGUAGUUUUAUAUAGCUGAUAGACCAACCUAUAUCCAAACUUUUAUAAAAUAUUAUUAAUUCUUGUUUUUCUCACACAGGCAUACUCCAAAUGCUUCUUCCAGUUCACUUUUCAGCCAUCAGUUCAAGAGCCAAUGCCUUUUUAAAAUAAAGCUUUUGUGGUCUUGUUUUUAAUGGCUCAACUGUCUGAUGCAAUUGAGUGAAGGUUUGCACUGAGAAAUUAUCGUUUAGGCCUUACCCCCAUGAAGUAUUACUGUUAACAUAUGUUGAGACCGCUUCCCUUCACCAAUGUGAACAACUUUUUUCCCCCAAACAGUGUUAAAAGCCACUUUGCAACACUUGACUUCAUAUUAAUGUACAUUCACUGUUGUUACAUACAUAUCUAAGUAAAUCAGAAUUUUGGGUGGAAGUGUUGAGAAGUGUGAGUUUUUUGUUGUUUUUGUUUUGUUUUACUUAAAACUUUAAUUUAUCCAGAAUGGCAGUAGCUUUAGCAAGCAGAUGGUCACAAUCUGUUUUCUAAAUCAUUUUUUAUUAAAUGAAUCCAAAGUAUCCUAGCUCUUUGUCAAAGAUGGUAUAUAGAAAUGUUUUUAAAGAUUAGUGAUGCUGUGCUUUUUGAAUUGUUGCAGUGUUGGAGAUGCCAUUUUCACCUUUUUAAAAAGAUGCAUUUUAUUUGCGGAUUUGUGAAGUUCUUGCAAACUCUUACUACAGAAACGUUUUAAGUAAAUUCUCAGGCAUGUUGGCAAAUAUGGCACAUGUAUACAUUUUAGGAAAUGUUGCUUUUCUUAAUCUUUUAAAAAUAUACCUAAUGAGACAUUCCACUAUUAUAAUGCGUAAUGCUCAGCUUUUUGUAAGGAAAUAUUUAAUUGUAUUUUGUGUUAAUACAGGCAUUUCACACAAUAAUUUGUUCUUAAUGCAGCCACUAUAACUUGAUAAGUCAUUGCACUAUUUAAAAAUUUUUAGUAAUAUCAUGAAUUUAAUUUGCUUAAGAUUUAGUACAUUUCAGAACUUGAACUUUUGACAAACUGCAUUGGGAAAAGAAGUCUGUUAAUAGUGAUUUAGUCUCCCCGCCUCAUUCCCACCCCCAACAAAGCACUAUCAUUUUCAUUUGGAAUGGGUAUUUUCUGUUUCAUGAUGUAUUCUUAAAUAGAGUUCAGGAUCGGCAAUUCAGUUCAACACAAGUUUGUUGAGCUUUAAAAUGUAUUUGAAUAUUUAAAUAGGCAUUUAAAAUUUCAAAUUAGAUGUUAAAUUUAUGCAUAGUAAUUUUGCACUGUAAAAUAAUUCCCUUCUCCCAUCCCGUCUGCCAUUCUGAAUAUGCUUAUUAAAAUAUUUUUUUAAACAUACUUGCCUACAUAAUAUUGUGUGAAUAUUUUCAUUAGAUUAAUUCACUAAGUUUUUAUUAAGAGACUGUUUGAAUGAUGCAUGUUAUUGACAAUGCAAAUAUAUAUAUAUAGUCUGUUUCUUUUAUUCCUGGACAUAUUGCACUACUUUUUCAGUGGUUCUUGGUCCCCUUUACCUCAUCUUGGGUGAUGUAUUUUUGUCUUCUUUCCCUUUGCCACAAGAGAUCCUUUCAGUCCCUAGACCUCCAUUCACUGUUUCUCUUCUGCUGGAUUAUAUAAUUUAAAAAUAAUUUGUUCCCUUAUUUUGUAGUGGAGUUCGUAUCACAUUAUGCUUUGCAAAAUAAAACUUGUUUUGUCACAAUAUUUGCUUUGCUAUCAAUGGACAAUUAGGAGUGGGCACUUGGAAUAACGGAGGGCUGGGGAAUUUCCAUAGGCAAUAUUUACACGUGUGAUGACCCUAGGGGUGUGUAACUGAAUACCAAAUCAGAGAUACAAGGUUUUCCCAACUAUAAUCCAUAUUCAUGAAAAAUGCCAGUGUGGAAAACCAUGUAACAGAGAAGAGGACGAAUUUCCAAAUUUUAACCUUUUAUUCUAAAAAUGACUUUCUCUCAAAAUGACUUUUUCUGUAUCACAUAAUUCUACUGAUAAAACUUUUUACCAUAAAAAUUAACUCCCUUUAGUAUCAAGUUCAUCCUUUGCAAAAUCUUAAAGGGUUUUCCACCCAUCCAUCCAUCCACUUAUAGACUGUUUUCAUGUAUCUGCAUAUCUGAUUAACCUCUUUCUUUUCUAAUAGCAGUUUUCCAUAAACUCGUUAUGUACCCUUAGUAUUGUGCUGAUCUUUUGACAACUAUACGGACGUGUUUUUCCUUUUCUGAAUAUGAUUAUUUUUAAUUUCAGUUUGUCUUUAUACUAGUUUGUAUAAAGAAUUAUAGAAUGUAUAAUGUACUUUAAAUGUCAUUUUCCUUGCUCUUGAGUAGUAAGUAAUUUGAACACACUUAAAGGCUAUUCUGUGAAGAGUAUCGAAGAAUUGCCAUGUAAACUGGAGAUGGAUUCUAAUUGUCCAAAUUGAUGGUGAUGGUUUCACAAUUAAAUAUCAGUGAUGACAAGCUUUCA